GUUCCUACAUCAACUUAUCCUACCAAUAUAUCAUAGCUACCUACCUAUAUUCUCUUUACACACCAAAGUAGAACUAACAAACCCCCGCCGUCAAAAUGGUCGCCGACGGCAAGCCCGCCUCCACCUUUCGGUACAAUGAAUCACCGGUAUACACCACAUCCAAUGGCUGCCCCGUUGAAAGCCAGCAGAAAUACCAGCGUAUCAGCAAUGGACCUCUCCUCCUCCAGGACUUCCACUUGAUUGAUCUCCUCGCCCACUUCGAUCGCGAGCGUAUCCCCGAGCGUGUCGUUCAUGCCAAAGGCGCUGGUGCAUAUGGCGAGUUCGAGGUCACCCACGACAUCAGUGACAUCACCUCGGCCGACAUGCUCAAUGGCGUCGGCAAGAAGACCCCCUUGAUGAUGCGAUUCUCGACCGUCGGUGGCGAGAAGGGCUCGGCCGACUCUGCCCGAGACCCGCGAGGCUUUUCCAUCAAGUUCUACACCCAGGAGGGUAACUGGGACUGGGUGUUCAACAACACGCCAAUCUUCUUCAUCCGGGAUCCCACCAACUUCCCCAUCUUCAUCCACACCCAGAAGCGGAACCCUCAGACAAACCUGAAGGAUGCCACCAUGUUCUGGGAUUACCUCUCCACCCACCAGGAGAGCGUCCACCAGCUCAUGCAUCUCUUCUCUGACCGGGGCACUCCGUACUCGUACAGGCACAUGAACGGCUACUCUGGUCACACCUACAAGUUCACCAAGCCCGACGGCUCCUAUGUCUACGUCCAGAUCCACCUGAAGACAGAUCAGGGCAACAAGACGUUCAACAACGAGGAGGCCGGCAAGAUGGCCUCUGAAAACCCUGACUGGCACACCCAGGAUCUGUUCGAGGCGAUUCAGAGGGGCGAGAACCCGAGCUGGUCGGUCUACGUCCAGGUGCUGACCCCCGAGCAGGCCGAGAAGUUCCGUUGGAACAUCUUCGACCUCACCAAGGUCUGGCCUCAAGGGGAGGUUCCGCUCCGGCCGAUCGGCAAGCUCACGCUCAACAAGAACGUCGAGAACUACUUUGCCGAGAUCGAGCAGGCCGCCUUCUCGCCGUCGCACAUGGUCCCCGGCGUCGAGCCCUCGGCCGACCCGGUCCUGCAGUCGCGCCUCUUCUCGUACCCCGACACGCAGCGCCACCGCCUCGGCGUCAACUACCAGCAGAUCCCCGUCAACGCGCCGCUCAACGCGUUCAACCCGUUCCAGCGCGACGGCGCCAUGGCCGUCAACGGCAACUACGGCGCCAACCCCGGCUACCCAAGCAGCUACCGGAGGCUGACGUACAAGCCCGUGGUCCCGACGGUCGCCCACGAGCAGUGGUCCGGCGUGGCGACCAACGCCCUGUUCGCCGAGGUCGGCGCCGACGACUACGUCCAGGCCAACGGCCUGUGGGAGGUCCUGGGCCGCACCCCGGGCCAGCAGGACAACUUUGUCCACAACGUCUCGGUGCACCUAUGCGACGCCCACGCCGAGGUUCGCGAGCGCACGUACGGCAUGUUCACUAAGGUGAAUCCGACGCUCGGCGGUAGGAUCAGGGAUAAGACGGAGAAGCUUGCGAACAAGGGGGCAAUAAAAGAGAGACUGUAAUGAUACCAAAGAUU